AUUGUCGCUGGAGUCCUCGGACAUUUGAAGGUGUGUGUAAUGGCGUUCCUAAUUUAAGAACUAUUUAGAGUUACUGAGAAAAAAAAAAUGAUAUUAUUUUCAAAAACUUCAAUUGAUUAUUUGAGCCAGGAAAAAAAAAAUCAAAAUUUCAAGAAUCCCAGUCAAAUAAAUUUCUUUUAAAAACAAGUUACGAGUUAAUAGAAUUUGUGUAAAGAAUUGGGAGUUAAAAGAUAAAACAAAGAAAAAUCAUAAAAAUCUUAAGUUUGGCAAUGGUGACUUUCAGAAAAUGGGACACACACUUCCUCUACAGUGUAAUGUUGGGCAAGCGAUAAUGGUUCCUUUACCUUUCCACUUCCAUGCAUUUCACAAUUCUCCAACAACCACCACCAAAAUCAUAAAAUUAGGUGAUGUACAGUAAGCACUUGCUCAAAAUUCUUCUUUUCCUCAAACAAAAAUCCAAUAAUUUCAAAUUCAAUGAUCAAAUUCUUGCCCAAACCAUCACCACUGGUCUCUCUCUCACCCAUCCCACCCCCACAUGCAAUUGUCUUAUCAGAGCUUACUCUCAAAGCCCCACACCCAUUAAAGCCGUUCUUGCGUACAACUACUUCAUCAAAAUUGGCUCAAACUCAAACUUCGCUGAUAAUUACACCUACCCUGCUCUUCUCAAAGCUUGUUGCCGUCUAUCUUCGAUUCCUAAUGGUAAACAAUUGCAUGCCCAUGUAAUAAAGACAGGCCUAGAUUGUGACAUUUAUGUGGCCAAUUCUCUUCUUCAUUUUUACGGGUUUCUUGCACAAUUUACUGAUGCUCGCUUCCUGUUUGAUAAAAUGUCUAAAAGAGACAUAGCUAGCUGGAAUACGAUCAUGGGUGCUUAUACUACAAGUUCAAAUUCAAUAAUUGAAAUUAUGGCUUUUUUUAAGAGGCUGAUGUGUGAAAAUGUUAGAGCUGAUAAUAUAACUUUGGUGAUUCUAUUGUCAGCUUGUGUACAAGAGCCUAAAUUAGAGUUUGGAAGAGUUGUUCAUGAUUUUGUUAUAAAGAUGGGUUUUGGAUCCAUAUUGAAUGUAAAUAAUGCGCUAUUGAAUAUGUAUACUAAGUACAAAGAAAUGGAUUCAGCAUUAAAGGUGUUUGAUGAAUUGGAUCAUUGGAAAGAUGUUGUUUCUUAUACUAUUUUGAUCAAUGGCUAUGUUGAGAUAGGUUUGAUAGAUUUGGGUAUCAAAAUCUUUCAUCAGAUCAUUGACAAGGAUGUUGGCUUGUGGAAUUUGAUGAUUCAUGCUUAUGUCAAGGCGAAACGACCAACGAAUGCAUUGGAACUUUUCAAAAAAAUGGGAAAUGAAGGAGUAAUGCCUGAUCAAAAUACAAUGGUUAGCUUGCUUGCAGCUUGUGCUAGCUUAUUAGACUUGCAAUAUGGUAGGCUACUGCAUAUGUUUAUUAAUAGCAAUAAUGUAAAACAAGAUGUCUAUGUGAAAACAGCUUUAAUUGAUAUGUAUUCCAAGUGUGGGAGUGUAGAGGAGGCAUUGGUUAUUUUCUAUAAAAUGGAAUAUAGAGAUGUUUUUACUUGGACUGCAAUGAUAGAAGGGCUUGCAAAUAAUGGUUAUGGAAAUGAAGCUAUGAAAUUUUUUAUGCGAAUGGAAGAAGAAGGAAUCCAGCCAAAUGAAGCAACAUUUGUCUCUGUUUUAACCGGUUGCAGCCAUUCGGGAUUUGUUAAUGAAGGUUCUCAAUUGUUUAAAAAGAUGGUUGAGGUUUAUUCGUUACAACCAAAGAAUGAACACUUUGGUUGUUUAAUUGAUCUAUUGAGCAGGGCAGGGUUAUUAUAUCAGGCAGAAGAAUUUGUUAAGUUGUUGCUUCCUGAGGAAAGAUUCACAGCUUAUAAAAUUUUGCUAAGUGCUUGCAUUAAGUACUCUGAAUUUGAGGUUGGAGAGAAGGUUGCAUAUGAAAUGGUUAAGUUGAAGUCUCAUAGCCAUGAAACUCAUGUUUUGUUAUCUAACUUUCAUGCUGUGGCCGGUCAAUGGGAGCGAGUCGCAAAGACAAGGAGAAUGAUGAAAGAGUUAAAAACAAGAAAGAAUCCUGGCUUCAGUUCCGUGAGCUAAAGUCGUGAUCUAAUACAAAUAUCGAUCAGGUGAAGAUUAAAAAUUAAAAGGUUCUAUCAUGAGAAAUGAACUGAUGAAAAAUUGUUGAUGAACAAGUUGUUUUAUGUAAAGAUU